CCCUUUUAGUCCUCUCCCUCGUGGCGACCUUCAUAAGUAAGAAUCAACUCUCGGUGGCAACUAACAACAACAAAGUCCUUUUCUCUUCCUCCACUACUGUCCUUCCUUUUUGACACCUCCUUAAAACGAAGCCACCAAAGAGAAACUUUUGUCCCUCAGCGCUCUCCGUAGAUAAGUGAGCUUUCAUUGGUUGGAGUGUGUUGACGUUUCAGUGUACUUCGAUCGCGUUUUUCCGUGGAGCGCGGGUUCGGGUUCUUGAUUCUCAGUGCUUGUCAGAACCCAGGUUAUUGGGAUCGAUGGCUCAGAAACCGCUGCGCCUCUUGGCUUGUGGAGAUGUUGAAGGAAAGUUUGAUGUUUUAUUCAAUAGAGUUCGAGCAAUUCAGAAGAAAAGUGGAAACUUUGAUCUGCUGUUGUGUGUAGGAAAUUUCUUUGGGUCCACUCCAAGUGCUGAAUGGGAGGAAUAUAAGACUGGCAUCAAGAAAGCUCCUAUUCAGACAUAUGUGCUGGGUGCAAAUAGCAAGGAAACAGUAGAAUAUUUCCAAGAUGCUGAUGGGUGUGAAUUAGCUGAAAACAUUACUUAUCUGGGUCGUAAAGGUGUCUUCACUGGAACCUCGGGGCUGCAGAUUGUGUACCUCAGUGGGACAGAGUCCUUAAAUGAGCUGGUCCCAGGUUACAGUUUUAGUCCCAACGAUGUGUCUUCCCUGAGAACAAUGCUGUGCUCAGCAUCCCAGUUUAAGGGCGUUGAUAUCUUGCUCACAUCCCCGUGGCCCAAGGAUGUGGGGAACUUUGGGAAUUCUUCUGGAGAAGUGGAUACCAAAAAAUGUGGCUCUGCUUUGGUUUCCAGUCUUGCGGUAGUCUUGAAACCAAGAUAUCAUUUUGCUGCUUUGGAAAAGACCUAUUAUGAGAGACUUCCAUAUCGAAACCACAUUGUUCUACAGGAAAAUGCACAGCAUGCCACCCGGUUUAUAGCUCUGGCAAACGUUGGAAACCCAGACAAGAAAAAGUAUCUUUAUGCAUUCAGUAUUAUUCCCAUGAAACUGAUGGAUGCAGCAGAACUGGUAAAACAGCCUCCAGAUGUCACUGAAAACCCGUACCGAAAAUCUGGGAAGGACACAACCAUAGGAAAGCAAACUCCUGCCCCUGAGGAAGAAUCAGCCUGUCAAUUCUUCUUUGACUUAAAUGAAAAGCAGGGAAGGAAGCGUUCAUCCACAGGCAGACAUGGCAAAUCCUCUCCUCACCCAAAGCAGCCUUGCAAACCUCCUCAGCCUCCAGGAUCCUGCUGGUUUUGUCUGGCCAGCCCUGAAGUAGAAAAGCAUUUGGUGGUCAGUGUUGGCACACAUUGCUACCUUGCUCUGGCCAAAGGAGGCUUGUCUGAUGACCAUGUCCUCAUCCUGCCCAUUGGACACUACCAGUCAGUGCUGGAGCUUUCAACAGAGGUGGUGGAGGAAGUGGAGAAGUAUAAGGCUACACUGAGGCAAUUCUUUAAGAGUCGAGGGAAGCGUUGUGUUCUCUUUGAGAGAAAUUAUAAGAGCCAUCACCUCCAGCUACAGGUCAUUCCUGUGCCACUGAGCUGCUGUGCCACUGAUGACAUUAAAGACGCCUUCAUUUCCCAGGCUCAGGAACAACAGAUAGAGCUGUUAGAAAUUCCAGAGCACUCCGACAUCAAACAGAUUGCCCAACCAGGAGCGGCGUAUUUUUAUGUUGAACUUGACACAGGAGAGAAGCUUUUCCACAGAAUUAAAAAGAAUUUUCCUUUGCAGUUUGGAAGGGAGGUCUUGGCCAGUGAAGCCAUCCUUAAUAUUCCUGACAAGUCUGAUUGGAGGCAGUGUCAGAUCAGCAAAGAAGAGGAAGAGACCCUAGCCCGCCGCUUCCGGAAAGACUUUGAGCCCUUUGACUUCACUCUGGAUAACUAACUAAAGGGAAAGGCACUUUAUGAACUUCACAGGUUCAUUAGCCUGUUUUUAAAGAAACUGCAGUCUCCCAUGGGGACUGUUUCCCUGCCUCUCUUUCAUGCAUUCCCAUGGAACUUGCCUAUAGCAAGAGGUCUAGGCUAGGACUGAAUAAUUUUUGGAAGAAGUCGCAUUCUAGGAUGAAAGUCCUAUGUUAAAAGCAUGCCUGUUGUCCAGCUCCAAGUACAAGCUUGUGUUUAUCAACAUUUUAAAAAACAUGUAAACUAUUAAAUAAAAUCAAAAGGCUUUUCUGUGGUUGAGAAGUGUCUUGUGUUUGUGUUACC